AUGACUGAUCGUUUCAUAAGCGAAAAGGAAUUAGAUGAAGCGAAAAAACGACGACAGGAAGAGUGGGAAAAAGUUAGAAAACCUACUGAUCCGAAAGAAGUGCCAGAGGAAGAAGUUGACAAUAGACCUUUGUAUGAUCGUUUAAAAGAGAUUCGUGAUCGAAAGCAAGCAGAAUAUGAAGAAGAGCAUAGAUUUAGAAAUAUGAUUAGAGGACUUGACGAAGAUGAAUGUGAUUUUCUUUCCGGAGUUGAAAGUCUUAAAGCCAAGCAAGAUUUGGAGAAAAAUAGGGAAGAGAAAGCGCUUUUGAGGGAAAUUGACCGUGUCCAAGCACGUAGAAAUGUUGAAGAAAAUGAACCAUCAGUAUCGAAUUUACGUGUGAAACAAACUGGCGGUACAGCACCAAAGGAAAAUAAACAAGCAGCAAUACUUCGUAUGGCUGUUAAACGAAAAAGUGAUAUUGAAAUGGACAAAUGUGUGGAGAAGCGAUCGUCACUAAGCGCGAUGUCAAAUACUAUUGCCUUUCCAUCUGCAUUUAAAAUAAUUGGUGUUCUUCCUGGAAUGGCGAAUUAUUCUUCUUCAAGUAAUUCCAAUUCGGAUUCAAAUUACGACAGUGAUUCGGAUAAUUCUAGUGAUUUAUCUAUUUUGCCAGUAUUGAUCCCUAAUGAGAGAGAAAAUAAAAAUAAACAGUUGAGUGAUUGCAAUUGCGAUUGCUGUGAUUGA